GCAAAAUGACCGCGUGGAGUGAUACGCAGUCGGCGACGUUAGCCGCGGUCGUCGACACGUUCACGGGGCCGCUGACCGUCAGCGAUGCGAGCCGCCUUGUCACCGAACACCUUGCGACGCUGCGCGACCAUGCGGCGCCGCACCAGACGCAGACGCGCGACGGCCUCAUGGCGUUGGCGCAGGUGGACCCGAUGGAGCUUGAUGUGCUCGAAAGCUUCAAGACGCUCUUGAAUGACCUGCCCAAAGACAAGGUGCGGGACAUCUCGCGCGUCUUGGAUUUGCUCGCGACGGGCUGGGGCACAAUGCUAUUGACGGGCAGCCGCAUGGCGCCCUUUCACGAGCUCGACCGCCUCGAGCGCGAAGCCGCCAUGAACACCCUCGCGCGCUCGCGUCUCUCGAUUGUCCGGUCGCUUUUCCUCGCUUUCAAGGCGCUGACCGUCUUACCCACGUAUGCAACGGCCGCGACGGUCGACGGGGCGCCAAGCCCGUUCUGGGCACCGCUCGAGUACCCCGGUGUGCCCGCGAAGGACCCCGAGAUGGAGCCGGCGUGGGUGCCACGCUUUGAAGACAUCGAGGCGCUCGCCAAGGAAGCGGGUGACGGCAAUCCCAUCGAGCUCGAAACCGACGUCGUUGUCGUCGGGUCGGGCGCAGGCGGCGGGGUUGUCGCGGCGGAGCUCGCCCAGGCCGGGUACCGCGUUCUGGUGCUUGAGAAAGGCGUCUACUACAACCCGGUCGACGACCCGUUCACGGAGCUCGAGUCGCUCCGUCAAAAGUUUGAAAAUGGCUGCAUUGUCAUUCCCGACGACGGCUCCGUGCUCUUCCUCGCAGGCGCUACAUGGGGUGGCGGCACUGCAGUCAACUGGUCGGCGUCGUUCCGGCUGCCGUACAAUGUCCGGCAGGAGUGGGCAACCCAGCACCGCCUGCCGUACUUUGCGUCGCCCGCGUACGAAGCCGCGAUCAACGCCGUGUGGGCCCGCGCCGGCGUCUCGGACAGCCAUUUUUGCCACAGCGGCGCCAACCAGGUCCUCGAAGACGGCGCGACGGCGCUCGGCAUGGGCGUGGCCAAGAUCGCGCAGAACACCAACGGGGCCGCGCACGACUGUGGCUUCUGCAACCUCGGGUGUCCCACAAGCGAGAAGCAGAGCUCGGCCGUGACGUGGCUCAAGGACGCGCAAGACGCGAACGCCAAGUUCAUUCAAGGCUGCCACGUCGAUCGCGUCACGUACUCGCACGAGAAGAUCGCGACCGGUGUCGAAGCAACGGUCUUGAAUGGGUCGGUGAAGCUCAUCGUAAAGGCAUCGACCGUCAUUGCUGCCGCCGGCAGCCUCCACACCCCGGCGCUGCUGCUGCGGUCGGGCUUGACCAAUCCGAACAUUGGCAAGCACCUGCGGAUCCACCCCGUCUCGAGUGUCCAUGGCUUUGUCCCGUCCAAGCUUAUCCAGCCUUGGGCCGGUGCCAUCAUGACGUCCGUGUGCACGCAGCUUGCCGACCUCCACGGUGACGGCUACGGCGUGCGCCUCGAAGUCCCGUCCAGCAUUCUCGGUAUGCUCUCGACGAUCCUGCCCUGGCGCAGCAACGCCGACCACAAGCGCCUCGUGAUGCAGUACCCCCGCACCGCGUCCUUCAUCGCGCUCGUCCGGGACUGCGACACGGUGAGCCGCGUCACCAUUGACGCCGACGGGCGUCCGCGAAUCAGCGUCUCGCUCGGCAGCAAGGACGCGCUCUCGGUGCAAGAGGGCUUGAUCGCCGGCGCCAAGAUCUUGCUGGCCCAAGGCGCUGUCGAAGUCAACACGACGCAUUUCGACUUGCCGCCGCUCCAGCUCCGCUCGAAAGACGACUUGGCCAACCCGAUCGAGUGUGCGACAACCCAAAACUGGUUUGCGCUCGUGCGUGCAAGAGGCGUCGUCCAGAACCGCAUCGGUCUCUUCAACGCGCACCAAAUGGGCUCGUGCCGCAUGAGCGCGUCGCCAGACGACGGCGCCGUCAACCCCGACGGCGAGACGUGGGACGUCAAGGGCCUCUACGUCGCGGAUGCCUCGCUCUUCCCGACGUCGUCCGGCGUCAACCCCAUGAUGACGACCUUUGCGAUGGGGUACUCGGUCGCCCAGUUUAUCAAGGCCAACCUCGCGGCCGAAAAAAGUCACCCGACCGGCAAGCUACGCAAAGUAUGGCCGGCGACGCCGUGGUGGCAGCGCGUCUUUCGCGAUCCAACGGCCUUCGCGGUCGUCGCGCUGCUGUGGCUGCUGGGCGGCAAGCACUUUUGGACCACACGCCUCCGGGCCCUUCUCGGUCGCCCUUAAGUGUGCAUGUCGGACUUGCCUUUUGCACAUUGUCUUGUCACGCCUCGUAGCCCAUGCACAAACGACAGGACGCACCCGAGAUCUUAGUCUGCUACUUCGAUCAGUCUACAAUAAUGUAACGUUCAGUCCACAUAC